AUGAUGGUUUCUGAAGAGGAGAUUGGUGCUGCGCAUGAAACAUUAGCAGUGGUUGGUGGUCGCCGUGCUGAUACCGGUCGGUUGGGGGCUUUCAUCACACGGGUCAAACCAGGAAGCGUGGCGGACACAAUAGGAAGGCUGAGAGCUGGAGAUGAAGUUCUUGAGUGGAACGGGCAUGCACUUCAAAACGCAACAUUUGAUCAAGUGUACGAGAUUAUCUCGGCAACCAAACAGGACUCGCAUGUUGAAAUUAUCGUGAGCAGAUCAACUAGUGUGCCUGGAGGGGACGACUUUCUGAAUAUGCAGGCAGAGUCCAGACAGCUUCCGAGCCUGCAGUGUUUAUUAUCUCAAGAACACGAUGUUUCUUCCUCACCCUCGACGCUCCUUCCUUUCCGUACUCUUUCCCACUCUCAAUCUGCCAUUCUUGCUCUCCAUCCUCAAGUUAGUCCUCGGUAUCGCAUGAGUAUACCCAGUGACCAAUACGAAUCGGUACGAAGGGUGUCAACUUUUCCCGGGUACCGCUUCGGCCACGGUCAGAUUUUUGGUAGAAUUGAGAUCUCAUUGUACUUCUCUCACGUAGAGCGGCAGUUAACGGUAUGCAUUGAACGUGUCGCCGAUCUUCCUCCACGUGCAGAUGGUUCACCAAGAAAUCCUUAUGUCAAAGUUUUUCUUCUUCCGGAUCGGAGUGAGAAGUCUCGUCGCCAAACAUCUGUCUUAGCCGAAGCAAUCACACCUAUAUGGAAUGAGUCGUUUUACUACCAAGGAAUCACCGAACCUAUGCUUAUGGACAGAGUGCUAGAGGUGACUGUUUGGGACUAUGACAAGUUCGAGGCGAACUCCUUUCUGGGUGAGACUCUUGUAGACUUUUCCACAGUGUCUCUUGAUGGGCAGACUAUCACACUACCACUUGUCGAUAUGGAUGAGGAGAAUCCCUUACGAUUGAGACUAAGAAACUGUAAAGACAAACCCUAUGCCAUAUACAAACGACCUCAAAGUGAGAUGAGUUUUCUCUACAACGACAAAUCGCCAUGUAACGCAGUCGAUAUCGGAGCUGUUAUCGCAAGGCAUAUUUGUGUCUGCAGCACUAAGAUGAAUACAUGCGACAUAAUGCAGAGGGUUGCUUGCGAGUUUCGUGGACAUUGCACUUAUAAUUGCGAAGGGGAGGUUUUUUCAAUAGAAUCCAAUCUCUGCGUUUAA